CUCUCUCUCGUCGGUCAUCCACCGCCAGGCCGUCGCACUGGUUUUCCUUUUUUACCUCUCUCUCUCGUCGGCCAGCCACCCCCAGACCGACGCAGACAGGGACCGCGCCUACUUCAUUUUCUUCGUCUCUCCCUCUCUUGCUCUCCUUCGUGGGCUCUGUGUCUAUGGCGUCAUACAGCGGGGGGUCGUCAUGAGCGGCGGAGACGUCAUUGCCCGGGCUCAAUUCGUCGCCGGCAAGACCUUCAUGUUCGCCCUCGCCGUCUGCCAUAUGGUUGAGAUUGGCACCCGACAUUAUGAAAGCCGGAUAUCACCAGUCACUACAAGCUGCAACCGUUGCAAUUUGUUAUUUCAUCAAAGAGAGGAGGGGCGGACAGGAGAGGGGAAUUACGAAUCCAAAAUGUCAUCCAUGGACGAAGCAGCAAUUCAACAGAUCAUGGAGAAGCAGAUCCUGACGGUGGCGAAGGCGGUUGAGGACAAGUUGGACGACGAGAUCACUGCGCUUGACCGGCUAGACCUCGACGAUCUGGAGGCGCUGAGGGAAAGGAGGUUGCUGCAGCUCAAGAAGAUGGCCGAGAAGAGGAGCCGGUGGCUCUCGCUAGGCCACGGAGAGUACCAGGAGCUGCAGUCCGAGAAGGAUUUCUUCCCGGCCGUCAAGGCCAGUGAUCGCGUCGUCUGCCAUUUCUAUCGAGAGAACUGGCCUUGCAAGGUGGUGGACAAACAUCUGAGUAUUCUAGCAAAGCAGCACAUAGAAACUCGCUUUUUAAAGAUUCAUGCGGAGAAGAGCCCCUUCCUGGCUGAAAGGCUCAAAAUAGUUGUUUUGCCAACGUUGGCCCUAAUAAAAAAUGCCAAAGUUGAAGAUUAUGUGGUUGGCUUUGAUGAGCUUGGUGGAACUGAUGAUUUCAGCACGGAAGAGCUGGAGGAGAGGCUGGCAAAAUCGCAAGUAAUCUCAUUUGAAGGUGAAUCGUCUGCAAGCCGUUCUACUGCCAAGGCUGCAAACAAAAGAAGCGUUCGACAAGCCGACAAACAGGGUUCUUCAGACUCCGAAUAAUUGACUCGCAACCUCUGCUCUUUUCCCUUCCUUUUUGGUGAAUAUUAUAAAAUACCAGGUUUUCUGCAUCUGUCCUCUGAUCCUGUGAGGAAAGAUGGUCGAAUCGUGAACUUUGCUGCUUCUAUCAUUUUUGUAAAAUGGCAAGAAUUUGAGCAGGCUCUGUCUGAAGUAAACUAUCCCAUUAGUCCGGUGCUAUUUUUGUUGGUAAAUCUUUUCUUUGGAGUGAAGAAAAAUUUGAUCC